CCCUGAUAUGAUGAGUUUAAAUAACAAAUAAACGCAAAUAAAUUCUAGCUGAGUUGCACCACGUGGAUCAGUGUGUAGGAUGUGGGGAGGGGGGGCGGAUCUAUUUCAAGGAGCACGGAGCAGGAGGAAGAGUCCGCCGGCAGGAGGUCAGUCCCACGUGUGACUCCAGAGGAGGAGAACAUCACCGGGAGGAUCAUCUCCGCCUCUCGUCUUCAUCCGUAGACACCGUGAACGUUCCACCCGCCCGCGCGCGCUGCUCCUCUCCGGUGUUUUGGAUGUGUCGACCAACCGCAGCGCUGCGCGCGGUGCUCUGCGUGUUUCUCUGCGCGGCGCAUCUGUGCGCUGCGGGCACAAUCCAGCUGUUCAACCCCCGACCGGUUAUAGGUGUGCUGGCGCAGGAAAACCUUCCUGGAGACAAGUUCGCUCGCGGCUCGUCCUACAUCGCCGCGUCCUACAUCGCCGCGUCCUACGUGAAGUACCUGGAGGGAGCCGGGGCGCGAGUCGUGCCCAUCAGAAUCAACCUCACAGAAGAAGAAUAUGCUCACAUCUUUGGGUCAAUAAACAGGCUGCUGCUGCCGGGAGGAGAUGUGGACCUUCAAAAGUCACAGUUCAGUCGAGCAGCCAGGAUCUUCUACCGAUUGGCUGUGAAGGCCAACGAUGGCGGGGACCACUUCCCCAUCUGGGGCACCUGUCAGGGCCUCCAGCAGCUAUCCGUCAUCACGGCCCACAAGAACCUGUUGACCCUCACCGACACCAAGGCUGUGGCUCUACCGCUCACUCUCACACCAGCGGCCCAGUCCAGUCGACUCUUUCGAAGUUUCCCCAAGGAUCUGCUGCAGUCUGUCGCCGAAGAGAACAUCACCUCCAACUUCCACAACUGGAGUCUGAGUCUCUGCUCCCUUUCUCAGAGCAAAAGCACAGGUGUCAGAAUUCAAAAGAGCAAAAGCACAAGUGUCAGAAUUCAAAAUAGUCAUAGUCAUAAUAGAUUGGAUUAUCAAAUAGUAUCCGAAACACCUCGCCCCUAAUUUGGCACAUCACAGUAAACAUGAAUUAUCAGCGGCUGUUUUCGAUGAAUUGGUU